UGUGAUCGGGUUAAUGUUUAUAUUUACCAAAACAGCUAAAAAGCAUUUAAACAAACCGGAAUUCCUCUGUUUUCAAUGCCUACAACGGAAAAUAGACCGUCCGUUCAGGAUAUAGCUAAGCCUUGUCUCGACAAAUUUGAAUCGUUGCCAAAAACAGGAAAACCCACUGCCAACCAAUGGACAGUUUUGGCGGGAGUUUUGGAGUUCAACCGGAAAACGGGGAACAGUCAACUGGUGGCCCUCGGAUGCGGAACCAAGUGCAUAGGACCAUCCAAACUUUGUCCAAAGGGCUUUAUUCUUAACGAUUCCCAUGCUGAAGUGUUGGCACGACGGGCGUUUCUCCGCUUUUUAUAUCAGGAAUUGAAGCAGGAGAGGAUCUUUAGGUGGAACAGUGACCUAAAGAGUUACGAUAUGGAUGAGCACGUGGAGUUUCACUUUCUAAGUACCCAAACCCCUUGCGGAGAUGCCUGCAUUUUAGAUUUAGAGGAACCAGAAAUAAAGGCCAAACGCCAGCGACUGGAUGAGGAAUCAGAGAUGGUUUAUACAGGUGCCAAGCUGAUAGGUGACCUAGAUGAUGUAGAUCCAAUGCAGCAGACGCCGGGAGUUCUGCGAACCAAACCAGGACGCGGAGAACGCACCUUGUCCAUGUCCUGCAGCGAUAAAAUUGCCCGUUGGAAUAUCCUUGGAGUGCAGGGAGCCCUACUCGACUCCCUGAUCUCGAAACCCAUCUAUUUCAGUAGCCUAAACUUUUGUUGUAAAGAUGCCAAGCUGGAGUCCUUGGAAAGAGCCAUCUUUAAACGUUGGGAGGCGAAAUCCUUUGACCAUGAUCGCUUCCAUCCUCAAAAACCACAGAUUCGCAUAGACUCUAACAUCACCUUUGAGUUUUCCCAGCGCUCCGACUGGCAGCCUUCGCCAAAUGGCUUAGUUUGGUCUCAAGUUCCUGAGGAUUUGAGACCCUAUGAAAUCUCGGUAAAUGGCAAGCGUCAAGGGGUGACCAAAAAAAAGAUGAACACUCCACAAGCUGCCUUGUCAGUUAGCAAAUACAAUCUGUUCCUUAGUUUUUUGGAUAUACUUAGGUUCAAUCCAAAGCUCUGCGAGAAGUUUAAUGAAAACAUUUUCAAUCUUGAGACGAUGUCGUAUGCUUCCUGUAAAGAUUUGGCUGCAAAUUACCAGAUGGCUUGGCGUCAAUUAAAAGAUAUAUACUUUAUUCAGUGGACCAAAAAGCCAAACGAAUUGCUAAACUUUACUCCAAUAACCAAUAAAUGACAAAGGCAAUUAACAGCCAAUUAAACGAGAAUGAGAACUAUAAAGUUCUACAAAUUAAGCUUUCAUAUAUAUAUAUAUAUUAAUCAAGCGGACAUUUAUAGUUGCUAUUGGAUAGGAAUUUCUUUCUUUUUAAGAAAGGACACCCACUUCUCUAU